UAUAAAUGAUUUUUAUGCCUUCCUGUUCCUACUCCGUGCUGAAUCAACAGUUUGGCAACUAAGAGAAAAUCGUUAAGAGAAAUGCGAUGCCCUGCUUUGCCGACGCGGACCACUCGUUUCGACCCGAAUUGUUUCGACCCGGCCGAAAAGAGGAGCCGACGAAAAGGCGAACACCCACAACAGGGUGCGGGUAGCUGAAGUUGAAGGAAGGACCGCGGAACGCUGCCACUCGCCUUCAGUUCCGUGCGAUUUGGCGCUUGGUGUGGACGCGAGUGGCGGAAGCAGGCGGCGUCGAUAGAAACGCGCUCUUCCAUCUUUCGUGAUGCGGUAUUAGAAGUUGCUAGCUCAGAGAUUCCCGCAAAGUUCAAGUGACAAUUUGCCAGCCAACAAUAACUUUCCGACGCAGGCAAAUAAAAUUGAAUUCGAUUCGAUUGUCUCUCGAUCUUCAUCGAUUCAUUACACCGGAAAAAGAGGGCAUACCAUAAAGUUCUGAGGAAAAGUUUUCUAGGCUCCGUUGACGUGUGGCAAAGCAACCGAAACCAAACCAAAAUUUCGCAAAUGAGUUUUGCUAUCGACGGACCAAACCAAUUAACAGAAUUCGUUCUUGUGUAAUAAAUAAAUUGCCAACAAUUAUAGCUUGCAGUCCCACUCAGGCAUAUUCCAAUGAAAUGUGCCACAAAAUGUUUACGGCCAUUGAAGCUCAAAGCAAGAGACCAUAGACGAGGUGCAAGGUGCUGUGGUAGUGGUUGGAAAACUAAAAGGAAAUCGCAGGGCUUGACCAAAAAUUUAUAACUGAGGCAAUGGCGCUGCGAUUCUGCCACAGAGCGAGCACAUCAAUUUUCGAAUAACUUGGCUUGCAUUAACUCCCAGAAACGUGUCAGGCUUCCGGUUCCCGAUCGAAGGGAUUCUGGGCAGCUGACGAAUUGCUGACAUUUCAACAUGUCUAGCCAACAAUUGCUAUAAUUUGGAUCAGUGUGAUUUUAAAAGGAGCUAAGGCUAAAGCAAAGGAAUAUUUUAAAAGAUGCCUUACUAACUGGCUCGUUGCCUUCGCAGAAAAAGCCACCGCUCAUCUACCCUUUUACCAAAACGCAUGUAAACGCAACCGGAGCCCAAGGAAAACAAUUGGCAGGGAAAGAUGCCAUCGGCAGAUCAGAUCCUGUUUGUGAAUGUCACCACAACGGUGGCGGCAGCGGCUCUAACCGCUGCGGCCGCCGUCAGCACCACAGAAUUCGGAAGCGACAAGGACGAACGGGGGUAUGUGGAUACGGAUGCCGAUGCGGGCAUGGGAACGGAGUCGGUGGCGAACAUAUCCGGUUCGCUGGUGGAGGGCCUGACCACUGUCACCGCGGCACUUAGCACGGCUCAGGCGGAUCCAGACUCCGCGGGGGAAUGCGACGGAGCUGUGGAGGAGCUGCAUGCUAGCGUCCUGGGCCUUCAGCUGGCUGUGCCGGAGUGGGAGGCCCUUCUCACCGCCCUGGUUCUCUCGGUCAUUAUCGUGCUGACCAUUAUCGGGAACAUCCUGGUGAUUCUUAGUGUGUUUACCUACAAGCCGCUGCGCAUCGUCCAGAACUUCUUUAUAGUGUCGCUGGCGGUGGCCGAUCUCACGGUGGCGCUUUUGGUGCUGCCCUUCAACGUGGCUUACUCGAUUCUGGGGCGCUGGGAGUUCGGCAUCCACCUGUGCAAGCUGUGGCUCACCUGCGACGUGCUGUGCUGCACCAGUUCCAUCCUAAACCUGUGUGCCAUAGCCCUCGACCGGUACUGGGCCAUCACAGACCCCAUCAACUACGCCCAAAAGCGGACCGUGGGUCGCGUCUUGCUGCUCAUCUCCGGAGUGUGGCUACUCUCACUACUGAUAAGUAGUCCACCGUUGAUCGGCUGGAACGACUGGCCGGACGAGUUCACCAGCGCCACGCCCUGCGAGCUGACCUCGCAGCGCGGCUACGUCAUCUACUCUUCGCUGGGCUCCUUCUUCAUUCCGCUGGCCAUUAUGACGAUCGUCUACAUCGAGAUCUUCGUAGCCACGCGGCGCCGCUUGAGGGAGAGAGCCAGGGCCAACAAGCUCAACACGAUCGCUCUUAAGUCCACCGAGCUGGAGCCGAUGGCCAACUCCUCGCCCGUCGCUGCCUCCAACUCCGGCUCCAAGUCGCGCCUUCUAGCCAGCUGGCUGUGCUGCGGCCGAGAUCGGGCCCAGUUCGCCACACCUAUGAUCCAGAAUGACCAGGAGAGCAUCAGCAGCGAAGUCCACCAGCCGCAGGAUUCCUCCAAAGCGGGUUCCCACGGCAACAGCGAUCCCCAACAGCAGCACAUGGUCGUGUUGGUCAAGAAGUCGCGUCGCGCCAAAAUCAAGGACUCCAUCAAGCACGGAAAGGCCCGUGGUGGCCGCAGGUCGCAGUCCUCGUCCACCUGCGAGCCCCAUGGCGAGCAACAGCUCCUUCCUGCCGGCGGGGAUGGUGUUAGCUGCCAGGCCGGUGGAGGACACUCUGGAGGCGGAAAGUCCGACGCUGAGAUCAGCACGGAGAGCGGGAGCGAUCCCAAGGGUUGCAUACAGGUCUGCGUGACCCAGGCGGACGAGCAGACGUCACUCAAGCUGACCCCGCCGCAAUCCUCGACGGGAGUCGCCGCUGUUUCCGCCACUCCGCUGCAGAAGAAGACUAGUGGGGUAAACCAGUUCAUCGAGGAAAAGCAGAAGAUCUCGCUAUCCAAGGAGCGGCGGGCGGCUCGCACCCUCGGCAUCAUUAUGGGCGUGUUCGUCAUCUGCUGGCUGCCUUUCUUCCUCAUGUACGUCAUCCUGCCCUUCUGCCAGAGCUGCUGCCCCACGAACAAGUUCAAGAACUUCAUCACCUGGCUGGGCUACAUCAACUCGGGCCUUAACCCGGUCAUAUACACCAUAUUCAACCUAGACUACCGACGGGCCUUCAAGCGACUUCUAGGACUGAAUUGAGACAGCCGGGCAGGGGCGGGCGGAGGAUUUAGGCCGGGCCAACCAAGGUUCGAACGGGAAAGCGUUACUCAAAGUCUGUGCCAAACUUAAAUGGUCGUUUGAGCGAUCAGCGAAGAUCUCAAUCUGUAGUUGGACCCUCAGUUGGCGAACUUUCAAAUUAAAAUUUUCUGUCACUUAUAUGCUUUCAAA